GUGGGUGGGUGGGUGCGCUGGUGGGGGCUCGGGAGCAGCUGUCUUCCUAUGGGGGAGAGAAUGCUCUUCUCCUGCCUACAAACUCCUACCCCUUCACUCCCGCACAUUCAUCGCCGUAGCAGGCCUGGAAGACCCGGGUGGCGCUGACUCAGGGCUGGGUGGGUGUAGUCGGCUCCCUGGCCACCACUUCCUUGAAGUCUGCUCAGUCACCUGGAGGGGGUGCCUCCAAGCAGUCUGCACCUCCACCAGGCCUGUCUGCAUCGCCAGCCUCCGUUGGCCCUACCAGUCUCUGCCAUCAACCUAAGGGCUCUCUGAGGUCCCAUGUCAGGCAUCCACAAAUGCUGGACCCCAGAGAGAAGGUGAGCGGUUCCUGCUGAACGCUCCACCUGGAGCAGGUCUCAUCCGCCAGCACCCUCAGAACUGCUCGAGGGCACCCGGGCGGGGUCUCCAUCUCAGAGAGGGGAUCUAGCCCAGACUCACCCAGCAGCUUGGUACUGGCACUCAGGGCUUCGGCGUACCUUUGCACGAGGAAGGCACGUAGGAACCCCUGGCCCCUGUCCAUCCCUUCACCCCUCAGGCCUCUGUCUGGGCCACAAGCCAGAGGAGGAACGUGGGGUGCGCAGGCCUGGCUCUUAGGGAUGCCCCGCACGUGCUGCUGCCCCCAGCAAGGAUGUCAAAAGAGGAGCACCAGUACUGAGGAUGUGCAGAGAUGGCCGAAGGGCCAGAGAGAGGAGCUCCUGGAAGACGGUCUUUGCCCCAGUCCAGGGCACACUUCCCUGAGAGCAGGCACCUACAGAGCCAGGCUCGGGUGGGGAGGAGGACCCUGGGGAGGACACGGAGAGCUGCGCUGGGAGGCAAGGUCUGCAGUGACAGGUCCAGCCCUCCCAGGGACACUCUCGACCCAGGGCCACAUCCCGCAGAAAGAGCGGCUGGAGGACCAGCUUCGCGGGGAGACUGGAUCAAAGGACCAGAAGUCUCAGCAGCGGCCUGCUUCCCCCAGCAGGCGGCCAGACAGUGACCUAGAGGUUUCGGUUCUCGGUUCUCCUGCCCCACAGCUGGGUCCCAGGCCUCCAGGGAGAUGUCUCCAGAGCUACGGUGGCCCCCGGGGCUCGAGUGCCGCGGGCUUCUGGGAAGGGACCUCACCAAGGCAGCAGCUGGACCAAAGCAGAGCUUGGACGACUCAGCCCGGCCAUAACCCUCCGGGAGGUGGGAGAGCUAGAGCUGAGGAAGGAGCAGGUCCUGUGGUGACAGGGACCCCAGCACUGAUGCCAGAGGCAUGCCGUAUGCACUCACAACCCUCUCACCACAAGGCCUGGGGAGCCAGCGACUGCUGCCGGUGCACGACAUGGACUGAGAGGCUCCUGGGGACAAGAAAAGCAAGCUAGAGAAACGGUGGUGAAGAAAAUCAUUAAGAGAAGAUACAUUUACAGUACGGCACCAUGCGAAAUCUGCCUAUUAAGUGGACCCCGCGCAGUUCAAACCCGUGUUGUUCAGAGUCAGUGUAAUGUUAAGAAUGCCCAAUAAAUGCUGGCAGCUGGGACAGCCACUUGCCAAUACUG